AUCCAUUCAUUAUUGAUUGCACGUUUGCCUUUGGGUGAAGCACCCUAAGAAAAUUGACUUGUAGACGCCAUCUUAGUUUACACUAAGCUAUUAUAAAAGGACUUGCAGCCAUACUUUUAGGAUCUACAUGCUACAAUGCCCAUAAAUUCGCCUCCAACUGUUUAAUUCCUAUUUUUAUCAUGAGUCCUUCACUCCAUUCUACCAUGUGGUUUACAUUUUUCUUAUCUUGUUCCAUUUCUUUGUUACAUCAUGCAUCAUCUUCUUCAGUUUCUCCUUUAUCGCACACGAAGCUGUUGGACUCCAUGGAUGGGUUUCAGAACUAUACUGCAAUAUCAGAUUUUCGACUUGUAAAUAGAAGAAAACUUGGAGCUUGUUUGGGCAAAAACCCAUAUCGGAAAAUACAAGUGAACUCAAAAUCUGAGCUUUCAGAUGACCAGAUGAUCACAGUGACUGUUAGUGGUGUGUUACUUCCUUCCAAGAGUGAUUGGGUUGGUAUGAUAACACCUUCAAAUGCUAACAUUAACGCUUGCCCUCAAAACGUUAUUCUUUAUCAGCAGACGGGUGAUUUGAGUGCACAACCGCUUCUCUGCCAUUAUCCAGUGAAGGCACAAUUUGUAAGCAAUGAUCCAGACUAUAUCGGAUGCAAGAAGAAGGAAUGUAAAAAAUAUGAUCAGAUGGGAAAGUGUCUGGUGACAACAUGUAGUGCCUCAAUCACAUUUCAUGUUAUCAACAUUAGAACUGACAUUCAAUUUGUCUUCUUUGGUGCUGGAUUUCAAACACCAUGUGUUUUAGCAAUAUCUGAACUUCUCAAGUUUUCAAAUCCAAAGAAGCCAUUAUAUGGGCAUCUCUCUAGUGUUGAUUCCACAGGGACUUCAAUGAGAUUAACAUGGGUGAGUGGAGACAAGAAGAAUCAAGGAAGAAUCACAACACACGUUGAGACAAGUGACGCUCAAAUUCAUAGCGAAUGCACGUACAACUCACUUAGGGUGAUAGAAGCUUCUGCAUUACCAAGCCCUGCAGUAGAUUUUGGUUGGCAUGAUCCAGGAUACAUCCAUUCUGCUGUGAUGACUGGAUUAAAGCCUUCUACAAGUUUCUCCUACAGAUAUGGAAGCAAUUCGGCUGGUUGGAGUGCUAAAAUUAACUUCAAAACUCCACCUAGUGGAGGAUCAAAUGAACUCAAAUUCCUUGCAUUUGGUGAUAUGGGAAAGGCCCCUAGAGAUGCUUCCAUUGAACACUAUAUUCAGCCCGGGUCAAUAGCUGUGACUCAAGCCAUGGCUGAUGAAAUCUCAUCAGGAAAUGUAGAUUCCAUAUUCCACAUUGGGGAUAUAAGUUACGCAACAGGUUUUCUAGUGGAGUGGGAUUUCUUCCUUCACCUUAUUACACCUGUGGCUUCACAAGUUUCUUACAUGACUGCAAUUGGAAACCAUGAAAGGGACUAUGUGAGUUCAGGCUCAUUAUACAUCACACCAGAUUCAGGAGGAGAAUGUGGUGUGCCUUAUGAAAGUUAUUUCCCAAUGCCAACACCAGCAAAAGAUAAGCCAUGGUACUCCAUUGAACAAGGAAGUGUGCAUUUUGUAGUUAUUUCAACCGAACAUGAUUGGUCAAGAAACUCUGAACAGUAUCAAUGGAUGAGCCGUGACAUGGCUUCUGUGGAUCGAUCAAGAACACCAUGGCUGAUAUUCACAGGGUAAGAUACAAUCAUAUAGGG